CAUUGGUGGAACGCCCCACAUAAAAGACAUUGAUGGAGAGAGGGCCCAAGUGACCGGCCAGAGGAAUGUUCAAAGUCUCACAGGCUGGGAACAGAGCAUUUGGAAUUACCAUACAGGACAUAUAGCUCCGCUCCUCAUAAUACCCGAUGUGUCUACAGUAAUCUAGGCCUUCCCAAAAUGCCGCCCAGGACGCUCGCUCUCGAUUUUGGCCGAUGCAGCACCUAUGUCUGCAAGUCGUGCCUCGACAGUCUGCGAUCCGUGAAUGCGCGGCCAUGGCUCGCAAGACAAUCUUCAAGCGCCGCUCGGAGAGCGCAACCACCAUCUACCAGCACCCGAAAAGUCCAGGCCGUGCCGGACCCUGCAGCGCUCCAGAAAGUACUCCUCGAAGAACUACAACACGCCGAUCCAUCGUCUCGCUCGUCAGAGCAGCUCAAUGUCAACUAUUUCGACCAGGAGCCCUCCGGACGACUCCGGCGCCUCCGUGACAAUGAUGAGUUCGGGGAAGUGAGCGGCGGACUGGACGCCGAGGUCGAGGCAGCCAUCAACAGCCUUGAGAGACAAAUGGUCAGCACGGUGAAGAUGCUGCAGCGCAUGGAGAAGCAGGGCGAGCAGGACAAGGCCGACGAGCUCAGAAAACAAUUCAAGAAGACGCUCCGGCUGCAGUACAAGGGCAAGACGGGCCCAGAAGCCGAGGAGUACGGGCUGCUGCGCAUCUCGGGCUUCAGCGGGAACCAGCAGCGGACCGUUGCCAAUCUGAACACUUUCCUGGCGCGCGACAGCGUCGUCAAGGGCGGCACCCCGACGGCCAAGGACCUGGCGGAGUGCUGGAAGUACUACUCUGCCGCGAGGAAAGCGCUCUCCACGGCGUGGCAGAACGUGCCUCAGGAGGUUUGGAAUUUCCUGUGGAUGGUUCUCUCAUGGCAAGGGGACGGCAUCGAAAAUCCCAACCGGAUGCAGCACAUCUACAUCCUGGCGAAGGACAUGCAGGCCGCCGGUGUGGCGCUACGGGACUCGCAACAGCUACUCGCCAUAGAGGCCAUGUUCAUCGAGGGCUGGGAGGAAGAGGCUAUUGCGGCUUGGAAGAGGGCUGUGGUGACGCUUGGGUCGAAGCGCGAGACGUUCACGGACUACUGGGAGCUCGGCGUCCGCAUGUGUUGUCUGCAUGGAGACACGGAACGGGCGCAAAGAGCCGCGGAGACGCUUCUGAAGUCCUCACACCCGCCCAACGCGCGCAUUCUCAUUCCCAUCAUCCGGGCAUUGGCCGGCAAAGAAGCCACUAUCGAGCAGGCUUGGGAAGCAUACAGGGAUAUGCGGACUCUGCUUGGAGAGAGCAUGACGAUCGAGGACUACGACGAGGUAAUCGCCGUGUUCCUGACGUCUGACAACGUUGAGUAUGCCCUCCAGGCCUUUGUCGACAUGAUGCUCUCGGACACUGUCGACGUCCGUGGGAAGACGAGGCUGCCCAUGAGGGUAGGCAACUACUUCUUCAUCGGCAAGUGGCUGAAACGUCUCAUCGGAGUGGGUGACCUGGAAGGCGCCUACAAAGUUGUGGCAUACGUCCAGAGCAAGGGAGUAGCGGCGUCGCCUAUCCAGCUGAACGGCCUCAUUGGAGCCUGGAUGAGGUCAGGGUCUGCCCAGAAUCUCGAGAAGGCGGAGGCUCUGGCAUGGGACAUGAUCCGCGCUCGGCUGGAUUAUGUGAAGAUGCGACAACGGCACGAACUCGUCUCAUUCCACGAUCCUUACCACCAUUCUUCCGUCGUCGAGGAGGGUGAGGAAGAACCCAAGUUCAUCUGCCGGACGAGAGCAACUGCCGAGACAUUCUCCCUCCUAGCGGAGAAUUACUGUUCCCGCAGACUUCACGGCCGCCUGCAGGAGCUUUUUGAGGUCCUCGAUGACGCCGAAAUUGGCACAACGAGCUUCCUCAUGAACCAGCUGAUCCGGUCGUACUCGCAAAAUGGUGAUGCCGAAAAGGCGGUUAGCCUCUACCAGACCAUGACCAAGGAGCAGAACGUUCCCCCGGACGGGCACACAUUCCUUACUCUGUUCAACAGCCUCUCUGUCAACCGCCUCAUCCAGCGCGACCCCGAUCUCGCGAGGCGAGACAUCGCUUCGGGCAGGCAGUUCUUCAGGGACAUGGUUGAGACGACCUGGACGUUUGACUCGCCCACGAUCUUUGCUCAGCUGCCUAGGACAAUCCUGUUCAGCAUGCUGAAGGCCAAAGACUACUCGGGCAUGAUCGUCGCGGCCCGGGCGAUGAGAGAGAUCUUUGCCUUCCAUCCGCCCGAGGCACUGCUCAUCGAGCUGGCCACGGGCGCUGGGUCUUUGCAGGCCAGGACCAGGCGGAAUAUGGAGCGCCUCGUGAGCGGGAGGAGGACGAUUGAGACACUGAUGAAGAAGCACAGGGUCGAGCUAAUCAGGCGGGGCCAUCCCGGGGUUGAGAUGACGGAGGAGGAUAAGAUAAAUGAGCUCCAUGAUGUGCUGGAAAAGCUGGUCCUGCUUAAAGCAGGGGCGCAGAACGCGGGCCCCGACGAGGUACAGCCAAUGGUGGAAGAGGCUGCCCAGGAGAUGGGCGUGUAUGAUAUUGUCGUGCGGAAAGACGCGGACCAGAUUGCGAAGCGCAGCAAGCUGGGCAAGUAAAUGGCUGGCCUCGAAUAGCCGGUGCAUAUAUUGCAUGUACAUACAAUAAGGAUAGACGUGUGUGGACUAUGGCUCUAUUCAACCU